GAAAGCGGGGGGCAACACAAACAGAGCUGUGACUGAUUAUGUGUGUAGUGGAGGAGAGCAUAUUUUACAGAGCAGGACCGCGCCGUAUGUUACUGGGAACUGGAAACAUUUCUUGCCUGGAUGGACUGUUAGCAUCUUUUGAUGAGAGAAGCGCUGACAAUGAGAUUCGCCUGGAAAGAUAAAAUGCUCAUUAUGGCUCUCCCACAGAGCUCGGUGCAGGACCGGGGGGAGGAAGUGGAGGAGGGGGCCAUAUACAAUGUGACACUGAAGAGGUGCCAGAUCCAGCAGGCCGCCAACAAGGGAGCAAGAUGGCUGGGGGCGGAGGGGGACCGGCUGCCUCCCGGCCACACUGUGAGCCAGUUGGAAACCUGUAAGAUCCGGAGUAUCCGGGCGGGAACGCUGGAGCGUCUGGUGGAGACCCUGCUGACUGCAUUUGGGGACAAUGACAUCACCUACACCAACAUCUUCCUGUCCACAUACCGCUCCUUCGCCAGCACGCACACCGUGCUGCAGUUGCUGCUAGACAAGUAUGGAAUUCCAGAGGAUAGUGAAGAACAGACUGAGCAAUGUAGACCCUCUGAAACCAAAGGAGCCGUUCGAACUGCCCUGGUCUCCAUCCUGCGAGUCUGGCUGGACCAGUGUCCAGAGGACUUCCAGGAGCCUCCAUCCUACCCCUGCCUUCACAGGGUGAUGGCCUACCUACAGAGGGCCCUGCCUGGAUCGGAGCCCAUGCGUAAAGCCCAGAGUCUACUGGAGCAGCUGAAGGCUGAGGCCAGUCUGGAUGUAGACUCAGAGGGUUUUUCUGGUGGUUUCCACGGCAACAGCUCCUUCUGCUUGGCUGAGGAUGAGGGAGUAGAGAUUGAGGUCCAGGAAGGCUUCCUGUCAUUUAAUGCAGACUUGGUGGCCGACCAGCUGACCUAUAUGGAUGCGUUGUUGUUCAAGAAGGUGAUUCCUCACCACUGCCUGGGCUCCAUCUGGUCCCAGAGGGAUAAGAAACAGAACAAGCACAGUGCUCCCACCAUCCGUGCCACCAUCACCCAGUUCAACGCUGUGGCAGCGUGUGUGGUCAGCACCAUACUGCACCGACAACAGAUCCGCCCGCUCCUCAGGGCACGGGUCAUCAAGCGCUGGAUAGACAUCGCUCAGGAGUGUCGCAUGCUUAAGAACUUCUCCUCACUCCGUGCCAUUGUGUCUGCACUGCAGUCCAACCCACUCUACAGACUGAAGAGGGCCUGGUCCUGGGUGCCCAAAGACAGCAUGUCUACGUUUGAAGAGCUAUCAGACGUCUUCUCAAAUCACAACAACUACCUGACGAGCCGAGAGCUGCUGAUGAGGGAGGGCACCUCUAAAUUUGCCAAUCUGGAAGGCUGUGCUAAGGAGCACCAGAAACGCACUCACAAACGACUCCAGCUGCAGAAGGAAAUGGGUGCCAUGCAGGGGACGAUACCUUACCUGGGCACCUUCCUGACAGACCUGACCAUGUUAGAUACGGCCCUGUCAGACCUAGUAGAGGGGGGGCUAAUCAACUUUGAGAAGAGGCGAAGGGAGUUUGAGGUGAUAGCUCAGAUCAAGCUGCUGCAGUCUGCGUGUAACAGCUACUGUCUUAGUGCUGAUGAUGCCUUCCUGCGCUGGUUCAAGAACCAGCCCCAACACAGCGAGGAGGAGAGCCAUGCUAUGUCUUGUGACAUUGAAGGAGUCGGAGACAGCAGUCCAACCUUACCCAAACUUCGCAAGAGCAUGGUUAAGAGACUCAGCCUACUGUUCCAAGGAGCAGACUCAGCAGGUUGUUCCCCAGUGAGGGAAACACCUCGGUCGCCCCCUACUGGCAGCUCAGGGGAGAGCGUGGACUCAGUCAGUGUGUCGUCCAGUGACUCCAGCCCUUCAGACAGCGAGGGCCUAGGCAUGACACCUAUACACACUUCAGAUGCACAUCAGAACAAGGUGUCCGAGUCUUGCUAUUGCAUUUCUCUCCACUCCAUGGACACUACCUUGUCCUCAGCCAGUGUUCCUGUGACCCCGGCCUCACCCUUCCUCCCUGGCCCACCCUGCAUGCACCAUCGCUUGGACUCCCUGACACCCAUGUCCCCCUCCUCUCCCCUGCCCCCUGCCUACAACACCCAGGCUCAGGACGCCUGCAUCAUCAGAGUCAGCCUGGAGCAGGGCAACGGCAACCUCUACAAGAGCAUCAUGUUGACGAGUCAGGAUAAGACUCCAGCAGUGAUCUCUAGAGCUGUGGCCAAACACAACCUGGAGACUGAGCCUGGGGAGGGAUACGAGCUGGUGCAGGUCAUCUCUGACGAAAGAGAGCUGGUGAUUCCAGACACCGCCAAUGUGUUUUACGCCAUGAACACCUCAGCCAACUUUGACUUCCUGCUGCGUGGGCGAGGCGCUGCUGGGCGGUCGGUCCAACUGAGGAGUCACUACGCCUCCACAUUCCCCCGCACCCAGCAGCGCUCCAGCCUGUCGCUGCGCCUCAGCAAGGUCACCCUGUGACCCCCAGGACAAGGGCACUAUGCCUGGAGGGACACAUUUGAUUUUUUUUGUCAUUUAGCAGACACUCUUAUCCAGAGUGACUUACAGUAGUGAGUACGUACAUUUUCGGACACCCGACUGGAUGGGCUGGGAGUGGUGGUGGGAGACUGAAAAGGACCAAACAUGGGGGAACGAAUUGAAGUCGAUGAGUUUAGACUCUGAAUUCUCUAUUCCCACAUUCCCUUUCCCUAAUCAGACCCCCAUCUCUUAGUGCUCCCUCUCCCAGCAUCCCUUCCAGUAGCAGCCUGUGGCCUUCCCUUUCUGGCACUUCCCCCAAAGCCCUAUGGACUAUUAUGGAUGUGUAGUGGGACAGUGGUGCCAUAUAGAUGUCUAUGGCAGAGCGAGACAGUCGUCGUCCCCCCUCUCCACAUGAAGAGGUUUUGCACAGGUAGGAAGAGUGACUCCAGCCCCCAUCAGUAUUCAGCUUUUGUAUCGACUCUUUUCUUUCCUAUGGAGCCUGUAUGUUUCCUAUUAGAGGGAGAUGGGAGCCUGGACAGAGAGCGAGACUGAGAUGUCCUGUUGCCUUUAUUAACGGUGAUGAAUGAUCGGCUCCUGUGUCAGUGUUAAUCUGUGUGAUUGAUUGACAGGAGCUGUGUGAUGUCUUCUUUGUUUCCAUUAUUUCAUAGUGUGCACUGUGUGUACCACGUAGGACUGCACCUCUCAUUGUUAACUGUGUGAUGAAUGCCAGUAUAGAAGCAUUCUGAUAGGUUACUACUUAGUUUUAACAAAGUUUUUGUCCUUUUGAUAUUGUUUAGCUGUCCUAUCUCACCUUUUAGGGUGUAUUGACACAUAGGAUGGGGCUCUAUGUGAGGCCCGGAUUGCGCUGCCUGACGCAUUGAUUAGCAGUCCUAAUAGAGAUGCACUUGUUAGAGGCUAGGUGAUGGCCGGAGGUGGGAAGUAGGUGGAAUGAGUGACAUUUACAUUUUAGUCAUUUAGCAGACGCUCUUAUUAUUCAUCUUAAGAUAGCUAGGUGGGACAACCACAUAACUCAAUCAUAGUAAGUACAUUUUAGUUUAUGAAAGGUAAUAUAUUGAGGGGGAUUAUUUAAGAUACUCUUUGAAGAGGUAGGGUUUCAGGUGCUUUCGGAGUAUGGGCAGGGACUCUGAUGUCCUAGCUUCAGGAGGAAGCUGGUUCAAACAUUGUGGUGCCAGGACAGAGAAGAGCUUGGACUGGAAUGAGCAGGAGCUGCCCUCCCGUAGGGGUGGGAGGGCCAAGAGACCAGAGAUGGCAGAACAGAGUACUUGGAUUGGGGUGCAGGUUUUGAGCAGAGCCUGAAGGUAGGAAGGGGUAGUUCCUCUUGCUGCUCAGUAGGCAAGUGUCAUGGUCUUGUAGUGGAUGCGAGCUUUGACUGGCAGCCAGUGGAGCUGACGGGACAUGACAAGUGCCUGGAUUAGGACCUGCACCAUUUCCUGUGUGAGGUAGGGUCGUACUCUACGGAUGUUGUAGAGCCUGAACCUGCAGGAGUGAGUCACUGCUUUGAUGUUUGCAGAGAACGACAAAGUAUUGUCCAGGGUCACGCCAAAGUUCUUUGCACUUUGGGAGGGGGACACCGUGAAGUUGUCAACUGUUAUAGAGAGGUCUUAGAGCAGGCAGGCCUUCUCUGGGAGGAGGAGCAGCUCUGUCUUGUUGAGCUUGAGGUGGUGGUCUGACAUCCAUGCUGAGAUAUCUGCCAGGCACGCAGAGAUGCGUGUCGCCACAUGAGUGUCGGAAGGGGGAAGUAGAAAAAUGGUUGUGUCAUCCGCAUAGCAAUGAUAGGAGAGACCAUGUGAGGAUAUGACAGAGCUGAGUGACUUGGUGUAAAAAGAAAAGAGAGGGCCUAGAACCGAGCCCUGGGGGACACCAGUAGUGAGAGCAAGUGGUGCAGACACAGAUCCUCUCCACGCCACCUGGUAGGAGCGACCUGCCAGGUAGGAUGCAAUCCAGGAGUGCGCAGAGUCUGAGAUGCGUAGCCUUGAGAUGGUGGAGAGGACGAUCUGAUGGUUCACGGUGUCUAAGGCAGCGAAUUGAUCUAGAAAGAUGAGAACUGAGAGAGUCAGCGUUGGCAGUGCGGCGAGCCUCCAUGACACAGAGGAGAGCAAUCUCGGUGGCGUAACCAGUCUUGAAGCCUGACUGGUUGGUUCAAUAAGAUCGGUACGCUCAAUUGUUUUAGAAAUAAAAGAAAGAAGGGAUACCUGUAAAAAAUGUACAUAGUGUUAGUUUCUAGAGGAGGGUAGCGACUGGCCAUUUUGAAGUCAGAGGGGAAUACAGCCAGUGGUCAGGGAUGAGUUGAUGAUUGAAGUGAGGAAUGGAAAUUGUCUGGAGAAAGGAGGUGGUGAUGGGGACGAGUGGGUAGAUUGUCGGGCUGCCGGACCUAACUAGUCUCAGGAUUUCAUCUGGAGAGAGAGGGGAGAAAAAGGUCAAGGCGUAGCGUAGUUCUGUGUGAGUGGGACCAGUGGACUGGUGGCUGAAUGAAUGAGGAGCGGAUGUCGUCAAUCUUCUUUUCAAACUGGUUGACAAAGUCGUCCGCAAAAAUGGAGGGAGGGGGUGGCGUAUUGAGGGAGAAGGUGGAAAAGGAGUUUCUUAGGGUUAGAGGCAGAAACUUUAUAUUUUGAAUGAUAUAAAGUGGCCUUAGCAGCGGAUACAGAGGAAGAGGAGGAAGUGAAAGGAAGUUAGGUCCUCCGGAAGUUUAGUUUUCCUCCAUUUUCGCUCGGCUGCCCGUAGCCCUGUUCUGUAACCUCGCAAUAAGUCACUCAGCCACAGAGCAGGAGAGGAAGGCCGAGCCGGGCGGGAGAAAAAAGGACAGUGCAAGUCAUAGGAUGCGAAAAAUGAGGAGAAUAGGGUUGAAGAUUAGAAGGGAGAAAUUACAGGAUAGAAGAGAAGAAAGUAGUGGGAGAGAGAGGGAAGUUUGAGACGGCACAUUAGCAUCUGGGUAGGGGAUGAGUGGGUAGGGUUGGAGGAGAGGGAGACGGAAAAGGAACAGCAGUGAUCAGACCUGGAGGGGGGGGGGGUGUGCCGUGAGAGUAGUAGGCGAACAGACAUCUGCUCCUCUCCUUUUCACCGCUGAACAAAGUGGUGUCGUUUUGUUUCUCUUCUAUGUGUUUUUUAAAGGGGAAAACUUGAAGAGGGUAAUGCAAGACAAUGUUUUUAAAUAUGUGAAUUCAGAUGUCAGAAAAAAGCCAGUGUCAGAUUUGCUGUGAUGCAUUUGGAAUGGUGACAGAGGGACAGACUCUCCCACUCUUAAUGCUCAGUGUUUGCACACUAUAUUCAGUACUGGGGCUUAUUCAGGUGCAGCGUUAAGGUCUAUCCAUAGAUCACUCUAUCACUUACUGUGUGUGUACUCUUGGGUGGAGUCAGAUUUUCAGGAGCAACGCGCACCUUUUGGUAACAUGAUACCCUCGCCGGUCCAACAUGAUACCCUCGCCGGUGUUCCUAGACCCGAGAAUAGCAACAUUCACAAGUGUGCGAUAGCAGAUAUUUUCUUGUCAUUUUCCCAUUUAUAGUAAAGCAAAGAAGAAUCACGUUGAAAUCAUCACCACUGAGUUAA